AUGAACGCCCUCUUCAAUUCUGCCCUACGGCAAUCGACCUCUAUAAGGAAGGAUCUAGAUCAGUUUGCAGACAGCGCAUCGCCUUCGCCACAUCUACAAGCUCAGCUCAACGCCUCUCUCACAUCCUUCUCGCGGACCAUUGAUGAAUAUGGCCGACUUGCAAAGCAAGAACCAGUACAAACCAAGCAAGAAAAGGCCUUUGAAAGGCUCAAGAACUUCAGGAGCGAACUGGACGAGUAUCGGGAGAACUUCAAGCGGAUAAAGAGCGCGAAUGAGGAUAUUCAAACGACAGAGGCACGAACAGAACUGCUUGGCCGCCGGCCACACCAUGCCGCCACACCGGAAAACCCCUACGCGCAACCGAAUCUAUCCGCGGCUGCACAACACUCGGCCUUUGCACCUGCUCAACCUUACGAUCCCUCGGCGCCAUACCGACCCAAUCCAUAUUCUGCGGGUGCCCCACAGGGUGGUGGCUACGACCGUGAGGGCCAUGUGCUACGAGAGAACACCUUCUUCAACAAGACGUCGGACCAGUUGGAUGAGUUCCUCGAUCGGGGGCGCGCUGUGCUGGGCGACCUUGGUCAGCAGCGAGACAUGCUCAAAGGCACACAAAGAAGGCUCUAUACUGUUGCCAACACCCUUGGUAUCAGCGGUGACACGAUACGCAUGGUUGAGCGCAGAGCGAAACAGGACAAGUGGAUUUUCUGGGGUGGCGUCGUCGUUUUCUUCCUGUUCUGCUGGCUGGUCAUACAUUAUCUGAGGCGAUGA